AUGGAAGAACGAACGGAAGAGUCUCCGCGAGUCCACGCACCGUACCCUUCUUGGCAUAACCCAGUCGCCGGAUCCGUGGCUGGUGCAGGUUCCCGGAUGGCGACGGCACCACUCGAUCUCAUUCGAAUCCGUCGGCAGCUCAAUGUUGUAUCGUACCCACGCGAAAGCCUCUGGGGAUCCUGGAAGUCGAUCGUCAAGAAUGAAGGGGGAGUAUCCGCGCUUUUUCGAGGAAACGUCGCGGCCAUAUUUCUGUGGAUCAGUUACUCGGCAGUGCAGUUUUCCUUGUACACUCAAACACGAGACUGGCUGAUUCAACACGCGCCAGCAGCAGAUCCGGAGGAUUCCGAUUCCGAGCCUGCAAAGUACUACAGGUCUGGUUCCGCGUUUGUUGCUGGUGCAACAGCUGGAGUGUGCGCUACUAUAGCAACCUACCCCUUCGACGUAUGCCGGACAACAUUUGCAGCCCGUGGAAUCCAGACCACGGGUAGUGCAUUGACGCCGUCCAAACCGCCACCCAUUACCCCCAAGGCCACCAUUCACCACAUGCCGUUUUCGUCGCUCGUGGAACCCAUGAUUCAUGAUCGCGGACGGUUUGCAAGCUCACCACCAAAACCCAUCUCGACGCCUCCUCUGCAGCCACACCCUUCCUUUACUGUAACACCACCGACGCGAUUGUACGAUUUUGUGUGGUACCUUUAUCGCCAAAAAGGCAUUGCUGGGUUUUAUGCUGGUGCUGGACCAGCCGUGCUUCAGAUCAUUCCCUACAUGGGUAUCAGCUUUUGGCUGUACGAUCAAUUGACCGCCGGGGAUCGACGAGUUGCGCUCUCAGCGUACGCGGGAUCCAUUUCGGGAGCUGUCAGUAAAAUACUUGUGUACCCCAUGGACACGGUCAAACGACGGCUCCAAGCCCAGGCCUUUUACGAUAAUUCGAGUGCGACUGAAAGCAGGACAGGAGGGAGCGAGCGCCGGAGGUUGUACUCGGGUCUUCGCGAUUGCUUUACCCGAGUUAUCAAGGAAGAAGGCUGGGCUAGUCUGUAUCGAGGGGUUGUGCCGUCUGUUCUCAAGACUACCAUUUCUACAGGACUAUCGUUUGCGCUUUUCCGAUCCACCAAAAAUAUCUUGGAAGGAUUGCAUGAGGACUGCCCCUCAAUUCAAACUUCAACAUGGCGGGAAACGCCACCCGAUGCCAAAAGUUUGGCAUCUACAGAUGAUCGAAUAUCCGACGAGCGCAAGCGGUAG